UAGCACGUUUUACUGACAACAGCAAACCUGGUUUAGUAAGAUUUAGUUUCAACCUGUUAGCCUGUGGCUCGGCAAAAAUAAAUUCUACAGGAGCUUUACUCUGCUGCACCCGGACAAUUUUUAGGACCUUAGAAUGAAGCCUUCUAUGACUUGUGUUGCGGCACUGCUGGUGGUGCUGCUGGUGCUGCUGCAGUGCAGUGCGCAUGCGCGAGCCCAGGGCCAGUUCUACUCCAGCAGAUAUGGCAAAAGGGAAGGCAACACACAACAAUCAGUGCGUUCGCGGUCGGGGUCGUCGGGCUUUUACGCUAACCGGUACGGGCGCUCCGGAGUGAAGCUGGAGCUGACGCCGCGCUCGAACCGCUUCAUCCCGGGCUCCCGAUACGGCAAACGAUCCGACCCUCAGGUGCACAACGCGGAAGAAGAAGCUAGCCCGCCGUCUCUGCUGCUGAGUGACAACGCGCUGUGCCUGCUCGUCGAGCAGCCUGACCUCUACCGCUGCGCCAAGGGCGGGGCCGGCAGCUUCGAGGAGGCCGACUGAGUGGCGUAAGCUCAGUGGAUGAGGAGGGUUUCACCGGCAGGCCGCUUCGUCAUUACUGACUGAUGGACAAGCGACAAAUAAAACGUUGAAGAUAAUCUUGUAAUUCAUGCGAUGUGUGAAAAAUUUUCUUCAUUUGAACAAAAUAUUAAACGUAUUCAUAUUUUUGAAUCAAAAUUGAACGUAUGGAAUGAGCGUAAGCAUUGUAAAUUUAAGAAAAAUUGAAGGUUAUCAUAGAAACCUUUCUAAACAUGCAAAGAUAUCUUACUGCUAAAAUUUAGUAGAAAGCAGCGAAAUAACGAACAAUGUUUAAAAUAUAAUAAUCAAGAUUUUCAUCAAAUCAUUUGUAUAAAUUCCCCCGCCAUGAAGAUCAAAUAACUUGCUUAAUAAAGUGAAAUGUGAUCAGGCCUCCAAAAGGUUCCAGUGUAACUCGUUAGUUUCAAGAACAUAAUUUCAAAAUAUCUUUCUUGGUUAAAGAAGAUUCCACAACUUACUCCUUAUUUGUAUGAGCUUCAAAGAUGCACAACUGCGUUUAAAUCCAAUUUGGUAGAACGCCUUUUAUUUUAUGAUCAUCCCUUUAAUUUAUAAAUCAAAACUGAGUUUUGAUUUAAGGCGAGUCAAGAGCAAUGCAUGUAAGGAUUUAAUGAACAUUGUGUGCGAACCUUAAUGCUUGCUUGCUCAAGCUUAACGAUCAUUUUUACACGAUGUAUGUAUUUGUUAAAAUCAAACCAUUGUUAAGGAUGACAACGGGUGUUGAGUUGCAUUACAUAAAAUUUAACAUUAAUUAAAGUGGUUGGUCUGUUAGAUAAUUUCUGCACAAAAUAUUCUCGUUUGGAAACAAUUUAUUUAGUGUUUCAAUAUAUGAAUCAAAUCGUGAUAUGAGAAUUUUGUUAAGAUAUCACAUAAUACUGCUUGCAUAUUAUAUCAGAAUUGUUGGAAAAUAUUUGAGCGUAAUCCUAAGAUUGCCCAAGAAGAAACAUUAUCACCCUAUAAUAAUGAUAUUAAAAAUGACAAAUGAUUACAGGACUAUACAAUCGACAAGCAAAAAACAGCAACUUAAAUCGAAUUUAUGAAAAGAAAUUGUAGAUAUGACUUGUAGAAGCAAAAAAAAAAAAAAAAAAAACAAGUGAAAUUCACCUCGUGUGUGUGAUUGAAUUCUAGAUUGCAGACGAAAAUAUCAGCAGCAAUUUCGCAAUCAGCAGCAAUCAGCAAUUUCGCAAUCAGAAUAUAAAUAUUCUUCUUUGACUGAACUUUGGAUCUCAACUCGAACAAUUUUCACAAGAGGUAGCUGAACAAUUGCUUGCCAAAUAUGAAGUGAAAGUUAAAAAAUGUCAUUAUCAAGUAAAGUGUGAAAAUAAAAUCACUUUGCAA